AUGCUCUGCUUGCUCUCUAUUUCAGUCCAUCCAUUACGUUCUCCAUCCAGCACCAACAUUCAUCCGAAUGCUCGAUGGCAACAGAAUGGUAUCACUGUGGUUGGAGGAAAUCGACACGGUAAUGGAAUCAAUCAACUCUCCAACCCAUGGGGUUUGUAUGUUGAUGAUGAUCAAACUGUAUAUGUCGCUGAUCAAUCAAAUCAUCGUAUUGAGGAAUGGAAACGAGGUGCAACGAGUGGCCAAGUAGUUGCUGGUGGAAAUGGACAAGGAACUGGAGAUCAUCAAUUGGAUAGCCCAUAUGAUGUGAUUAUCGACAACGAGAGAGAUAGUCUCAUCGUCUGUGAUCGUUGGAAUAGAAGAGUGGUUCGAUGGCCUCGUCGAAAUGGGACAAGUGGAGAAACAAUUAUCUCCAACAUCGAUUGUUGGGGUUUGACAAUGGACGAGAAUGGGUUUCUCUAUGUCACUGACAAUGGAAAAGAUGAAGUGAGACGAUAUCGAAGAGGAGAAUCUCAAGGAACAGUGGUUGCAGGUGGCAAUGGACGUGGAAAUCGUCUCGAUCAACUAUCUUCUCCCUCAUACAUAUUCAUCGAUCGAGAUCAUUCAAUGUACGUAUCUGACUGGGACAAUCAUCGUGUGAUGAAAUGGAUGGAACGUGCAACACAAGGCAUUGCCGUGGCUGGUAGUCAAGGAAAAGGAGAUGAUCAUACACAAUUGUCAUAUCCUGAAGGAGUUGUUGUUGAUCAAUUGGGCACUGUCUAUGUGGCUGAUCGAGGGAAUGAUCGAAUCAUGCGUUGGCCUAAAGAAGCUACACAAGGAAGUGUCAUUGUUGGAGGCAACGGUAGUGGAGAACAAUCGAACCAACUCAAUGCACCCUUCGGUUUGUCAUUCGAUCGACACGGGAAUCUCUAUGUUGUCGAUUGGGGAAAUCAUCGAGUACAAAAAUUCAAUAUCGAAUACAAUGGAUAG